AUGGCAAACAACCACAGUCCGGAUAUGGAAGACGAUGGAGAUGAUGACUUCUUCAAGGAAGUUUAUGGAAAGGAAUAUACCGGACCUCCUCGAUUAACCAAAAGCAGCUCACAAGACAGACCGAGGGAGAGCAAAAGACCUCUUGCUAAUGAAGAGUCCGAUGGGGAUGACCAGGCUCCUGACCCCAACGCUGUCCCGACUGAUUUUACCAGUAGAGAGGCAAAAGUUUGGGAGGCUAAGGCUAAGGCUAUCGAAAGAAAUUGGAAGAAAAGGAAAGAGGAGGAAAUGAUAUGCAAAAUUUGUGGUGAAUCAGGCCAUUUUACUCAGGUAUUACUUAUCACCUUACUCAUAACCAUGGGCACAUUGCAUAGUCUCGGGAAAUUUUCUCGUAUUCUCAUAAGAAUUUCAUAUGAGUGAUUUUCGUGAAUGUCUUUUCUUUUUUUGGUUGUAGUGGUGACUUAAUCUACUGAAACCAAUAUUUUACUCAUUGGUUUCGACAUGAACUUUCUCGUGGAUCAAUAAGACAAGAAAGGGGUUUUGUGUAGACGGUGAUGCAUGCAUUAAGCAGCGCUAUGUUUUGACUCCGUGUCCUGAUAUAAUUUUUCUAAACUAUGCCGCUUAUGCGAUGCUACUUUUUAGAAACCUUUUUAUUUCAUCUGUUUUAAACUAAAAGAAAGCCUCAAUCUAGAUUCAAUUUUUAAGUUUUCUAUGUAAUGGCGUUCUGGAGCUUUUGUCAAGAAGGCAAGUUCGAGCUCUCGCGUUUUUAUCCUGCACAUGACUUCCGGGGCUUGUAUUUUGAACAGGAAUAAUCCUGGCCUUAAGGAGUCUCUUCUAAUGUCACACUGUUCAUUACUCCUGGAAGCAAUCAGUAGACUAGAGUUUAUAUAAAGUGCUUCGCCCUGAUUUUCUUUUCGGUGCAAAAUACUAGGAAGAAGCCAUUAUUUUGCAAAUUCGAUAUCGAUUGUGUUGGGUAGAAAAAGUAUUCAAGCUCUUCAUUUGUUCUGGUUAUUCAAAGUGUUUAUCGUGGGUCUUGUUUCACUCGCUAUCUCCUACCUUCAGGGAUGCCCAUCUACGCUUGGAGGGAGUAAAAAGUCUGCAGAUUUUUUUGAAAGAGUCGCUGCGAGAGACAAGAAUGUGAGAGCCUUAUUCACGGAAACAGUGAUCCAACGGCUUGAGAAGGAGAUCGGUUGCAAAAUAAAAAUGGAUGAGAAGUUUCUCAUUGUUAGUGGCAAGGAUAGGCUGAUCUUGGCCAAAGGUGUGGAUGCGGUGCACAAAUUGAUUCAGGGAGAAGGGGAGGAUAGGGGCAGGAGUAAGAGCCCCUCUAACACCUCUCAGAAAUCAAAAUCUAGAUCACCUGAAAGGAGCCCUGCACCCCCACGGCCAGUAGGUCGGGAAACCCGGAGUUCCCGUUCCAAUCCGCGAGAUGCAUCCUACGUCCAACGCAAGGGCUUCUCCCAGGAAAGGGUUGAGGAUCAUGUGCGUGAAGGUUCGCAGAAGUUUUCGAGGGGUUCUCCAAAAGGUAGGGGCCCUCAUAGACUAUGUUUACGGCUUAAGUACAAACCGCAUGGCGUCUCAAGUUCAGGCCAAGUUGUGAACUUGGAACCCAUGUGGUCAAUGUAACCAAGGUUUGUUGGCUGGCAUGGAAUUCUGAUGAAAUCUUGUUUUGCCCAUCAGCAUUCUUGCUGCAAGAGGUAAGUUCAAGCUUUAAUGUGUCCGAAUGAAUGCCUAGUAGCCUGCACUGCAGAGUGGUUCUUGUUCAGGCGGGUGCCUCCAAUACAAAAAUUGCUUACUGAAAGUUUACCCGGACCUGUCUUGGCUCAAUGACCUCCCCAUUUCCAUGUUGUUUCUGGCUGCAUUGGUCAUUUGAAUAUCAGAAAUGUCGUCAGUCUAAGCUUACCGUAUGGAAAAUGCAAGAUUCGCUUACACAUUCUUCAUUUUAUGAAGCUCAUGGUAAGAAUGGAGUAAAACGCCGCCCUGCCCAAUCAAAAUCACCACCCCGUCCUACCCUUGCUGGUGAUGCAUUUAAUUCAUAUGAUGUGUACCAUCGGACCCCCUCUGGUGUGCGUAGAACGGAUAGCUGGGAAGCCGAGCAGCAUGGGAUGGACAUGCCCUCCGGACAGCAUGAUUUUCCUCUGUACGCACAGACGCUGGAAGAAUUGGAGGCGGAAUUCAAUAGGCAGACCGGGGAAGUCCGAGCGCUGCAUGACAAGGAAGAAGACGAGGAGAAUUUCAGGCACCGAGAGGUAUGUCUGACCUCCAGUUCUCUUUAGUUCAUCUUCUCUUAAGAACACUCUUAUCCAUCCUCCCACUUUGAUUGCACUUACUGUGUCCGACUACUUCAAAGAUCUCUAGGCGGGGAUCCCAUUUCCCUUGGAUUUUAUGUAAGCUGCUCGAAUUAAAUGUUCUUACUUGAAUUAAAUCGGCCGAGUUGUUUGCUCCUCUCUUGCACUACAUAAACCCAGCGGCUUAGAGAGCUGAGGGAGGGCUAUGCGAAGAAGCUCGAAGCCAUGAGGGGCCUGCACGCAAGACAAUGGGAGGAGUUUCUCCGGGUCGACACCCAGAGGCGGCUGCGGGCGUACCAGCACCAACAGAUGCCGGGCUAUGCCGCCUACGCCGAUGCCGGCCACCCAGACUUGGGCAGAUCCUCCGAGAACCUCAGAUCUGCUGGAGGCGGCGGCCGGACCAUGGACUCGUGGAGUAGGUAUCCGGCAUUGAGCCCCCAUGAGGCCUAUGGAGAGCUCCAGCACCAGCACCAGAGGGAAGACAUUGCCAGGGCUGCGUAUGGCGGCGGCAGUCGGUACUGA